AUGACUGCAAACGAGCAAAUGCUAGCUUCUCAUCUUCGAGAUCUCGCCGAAUUGGCAUUGAUUACCCGGCCUAGUUCUCGACCGCGACGUCCGCGUACAAGAAAGCGAGAUCCUACUCGUAUUCCACGACCCAUGAACUGCUUUCUCGCCUAUCGACUGGAAAAGCAGAAAGAAAUCGCUCAACAGUGUCCCGGGGCCAAUCACCGCGAUAUUUCUCGUGUCAUUGCCAAAUGGUGGCGUGAAGCACCUGAGCAUGAAAAGCAACAUUAUCGCAAUAUUGCCGAUAAAGCCAAACAAUCCCAUGCCGAAAAAUAUCCAGACUACAAAUAUACGCCCAAGCGGAAGCGAACGACCAACGUGUCAGGAAAAGCCAGCAAGAAACUCGGUGAAAAUACGGUCUUAUCGACUUCUAGGGCCCCCUCCGCCAUUUGUUCCAACGUCUCGUUUCCACCGUCCGGUUGUGCUGUGUCUCAGCCUGUACCGUCGCAGUCGGGAUCAGCAUGCUACAAAAAUCGGUUCCAGUCCACGCAAUACCUUUCACCCUAUGUUCCCAUGGAGAAUAUGGCAAGAAUAAGUGCCUCUUCACCACAGCCUGGAUUACCAUCGAUGCUGAGUUACACUUACAAUCCUUGGUUGCUCAACGGCAGUCUCCCGAUGAACUAUGCUCUUGAACCUCACAUGGUCACCCCCGUCGAUCAUCAAGGUUAUCGCUAUGAUUAUGCUCCACUGGCCGUUACUCCUCCAACCUUGGAUUAUCGUCCUUCUCCUUCCAUAUCUUCAUCCCUCACUACUUCUGAAUGUACGCCUGGAUUUUCUAUUUCAGACGAAGAUGUCCAGUGGAUCGAUCCAAUGAUGCCCGCCGGAUCUCCUUGGCUUUCGCCUAUGGCUUGUGAAGAACUUCAAUGCAAGUACCUUGAUCCAUCCUUCGCACUUUCUGUCUCAUCUGGUUGUAGUCUUAAUCAUUAA